CCUUUCACUUGCAUCACAUGGGGUGGCAAUGUCAAUGCGGUUGGUGCAGUAAAGGUGGAAUUGAAGAUUUAGGCGCCCACCUUCGAGGAAGGCAUGGGCUGGAUACGUCCCAUCCCGCUUCUCACAAGUGGGUGCCACCACCUGAUCAAAGACAAUCCGUGCGAAGAUGUGUCCAAUGUAACCGCUAUUUUAGCAGUGAGUCUGGGUUCCUCGAUCACCUCAGCGAAGUUCACGACAUCGUCAUCAAAAAAAAACAGUGAACACUGAUGAGAUUCGGGGCAGAUGUUUGCUGCGAAUUUUUGAAAGAACACAGGGUUCAUCAUUGUUGCAAAGUCUCGGGUGUCUUUCUCUCUUGCCAAUUGAUUUCCAAUGGUUUUGGUCAUUGACGUUCUGCCAUUUGCCCGAAGGUUUGUGGCAGAACGUCAAUUGCAUUGUUGAAACGCAGUCCGGAUCAAAA